AUGAAUAUUGACUCUGUUAUUUUUAUACUUAGACAGUAUGGGUCUACAAUAGGACAAACUGAACAAGACAUAUGUAACAGUACACAAAUACAAUGCAUUGGGGAUUAUGUUAAUUCAAUAUCAUUGAAAAUAGAUCAAUAUCAAGAUGUUGGACCUGUUAAUUCAUCAAUUCAAUCAUUAGAUCUAUUCUUGAUAAGAUCAAUAGAGAUUUAUUCAAGUGGACAAGUUAACGACCGAUCAAUCAAUCUUUUUACAAUUCUAAAUUUAGGAGUUGGCUUUACUACAUCAAUUCUAAUCAAGAAUGAUCCAAGUUUUACAACAAUUCCAAGUAUAUGGGCACGAUUAAAUAAUUUUGUACUUGUUGAUAUCUUGGAUUGUCCACUGACUGAUUACUCACCAUUGUUUAAACUCGCUAGGAUUACGUAUAUCACUAUUCAAGUACCAGACUCUGUCUCUGGCUUGACAUUUUGGACUGGACCCUUACUAUCGUACUCUUUGACAACGAUCACCAUUAGUGCUCUGAAUCUACCAAACAAUUUAAACAUCACGACAGAAAAGUUUGCCUCAUUGGGAAGUGUCACUCUCAAAUCCUCAACCAAUUCUAUCAUCACUGUCUACAUGACUGGAUUCGGUCAAGUAACAUGUACCAAUUCAGCAAAUGGAGGUUAUAAUUUAAUAAUUCAAAAUCAAAGUAUACCUUUUAAUUUGGCUAUUUCAGGAAAAUCAACUAUUGAACCUCCCAUUUCAAGAUAUUAUACAAACUUGUUUGGAUUAAAUAUGGAGAAUGUGACUGGUGGUACUUAUCCAUUAUUCGAGUUCCCGCCAUCAUUGAAAUAUCUUCGUCUUGUCAAUAGUCUCUUUGGUAUUUGGAAUUUGACUGUUCCCGAUUAUGUUGAGAGUUUAGUAUUAACAAAAAAUGGUUUGACAAGUUUAGAUUGGUCAUUAUUCGAUCAAGCAGUAAAAUUAAAUCUUGAUGUUUCCAACAAUCCAUUAUUAGGAGGACCUUUACCAGAAAGCAUGUGUUACAAACGACAACUUAUCAUCAAUAAUACAUUGUUUACUCAAUCAGAUGUUCCAAUGUGUUAUUGGUGUUAUAUAAAGGAUACAAUUAAAUCACCUCUUACAACUGAUCUUAUACCCCCAACAACAAAUUUAACAUAUUGUAAACCAAAAGUAGAUACUCCAGUGAUCAUUACUCGAAAUGGAGGUGGAAGAAUAAUUGGGAGAUCUCUUGGGUUUGGAAUGUUUUAUGAAAAAUUAAAUGCUUCUAUAAGAUAUAGUCUAGAUACAUUCAUUCCAACAAUACAAUUAAAUUUACAAUUUAUAUCACCACAAUUAAAAUUUUAUGGACCUCCUCAACCUAUCAAUUUGAUGUUUUCACCAUUUUAUCCAGAUUCAUUUGUAACUAAAAUCGGUCAGAAUGCUGUAAGGAUCAAUUCAUCCAUGUCAAUAUUCAACGACUACUUGCCACAUACAAUCAUGUUAAACUCUACCAUUCCAUGUCCAGUUACCAUCCAAACCAGUAAAUAUAUAGUUUGUCAAACUUCUUCCUUUUUACAAGAAGGUGCACUCAAUUUUACCCUUUCAAAUCAAUACUCUUCCAAUUCAAUUUCAAUUUAUAAUAAUAAUAGUGUACCAUUAAUAACAUCGGUAGCAUAUAACCCAAAUAAUAGAAAGAAUGUUACGAUAUAUGGUGAAUUUGGUAAAAGUGUGUUCCAACCACCAACAGCCAAAAUCAAUGAUUCAAUACCAUGUUAUGUAAUCACUUUUGAAGAAAGAAGAAUCAAUUGUUUGAUGGCAAGUGAACCAACCAGUGGUGUAGCAAAUAUUUCAGUCACUGCAGAUUAUGUAGAAUAUAUUGGUGUGUCAAUGCUUUAUUUCUCUCCACCACCUCGGUCACAGAGUCAAUGUCAAGCACAAACUUUGAAUUGUCACGGUCACGGUCAAUGUAAUAUAAAUGGUCUAUGUGAAUGUGAACCAACUUAUAAUCAAAAUGAUGAUUGUAAAACUAGAUUUACAAAUGGUACCAUUUUUAAUGCAAAUUCAACAUCACCAAAGAGUUCAUUUGAUAUUGAUGGGAUUACAUUUGCUUUUGAAUUGGCAUCAAUUCAAGAAUUAAAUAUCGAUGGAAAUGUAUUAAAAGAGUUGCUUACUAGUAAUUGGACUUUUAAUCUAUCAAAGAGUGAUGAUUUGACGCUUGCAGUCUAUACAUUACAGCAGACUGACAAUUUCCAAGGUGUAGAAGUGGUUGCCAACAUUUCAUUUUCAAGUCAAGCAAGAGAAGUUCCAUUUGGUACACAAAUACUCCAAAUUAAUCCCAAUUCAAUCAAGAUUGCAGUGAGUGUAAGCAAUUGGAAUUACACCUAUGUUUUAUCGACUCUACAAGUUGUAUUCAGAUCGGUCAUUGAUAACAGUCAAUUGGGUGAUGGGUGUGGUGAUAAUGGAAAUGAAUUUACCUAUGAUCAGUAUGGAUCGACACUACAGUAUCUCCGAGUUGUCAAAGACAAUGUACAAUUUAGUGGUCGGUUCAUUGACUUUGCAUUGUCUGAUGGUAGACCAACCUUUUCAAGAACCAAAGUAAUUAAUCAAACUUCUGUAGUCUCCGACUCCUCGAGUGAUGAUGGUCAAGACCUAUCGAUUAUUAUGAUUGGUAUUGGGUUACCUCAAUGUAGACAAUGUGUUCUUGAUCCAGACUUUACACCAUUAUUAAUCGAUCAGUCACAACAAUGCAACACCCAAUCAAAAGAGAAAUGGGGUGUCAUUGUAGGCUCUGUAGUCGGUGCAGUUGCAGGCGCAGCACUUUUAGUUGCAGUAUUUGUAGUAAUCAAAAAAACAAUCAACUCUCAUCAAUUCCUUCAAAAUGUAAAUAUUAAACUUGGUGCUGCAAAACAAAAUGGAUCUUUGUAA